CAGCCUUGGGUCAAUGCUCGCCCUACUCAAGUCUUUCGUCUCUUUUCCUGAGCGCGCUGGGACAAAUAGACACCAUGAACGCAGCCAUAGCAAACUUCAAUUCCGGCCAGGGGCUCGGAGGUUUAACACAAUAUGCGUGGAUCGGCUCAAAUCUCGUGUUUGUGGCGAGUGCCGUCGUCACUUCCUUUGCCGUCAUGCUGGGAGAUCCUUUCAACCACUUCGAUUCCCACCCGACUUGGAUGUUUACCAACUUUCUUUCCUUUGCAGUCGCCACCUUCAACAUUUCCAUCACCGGAAGCAUCUCAUCGCGCUUUCGAAAUGUGGCAGACAGCGUGCCUGAGCCGGGCUAUGAAGACAAGCGAAUUCUGAACAUGAAAACCGCCUUCUACCUCAGUAUUGUCAUCGGCGCAGCAUUUGCUGCUGCGACAACCUUCCUUGCCAUUAUAUGGGGACGCGCCGCGUCUGAGAGCAUCGCUUUCGUGGUGCCUUGUACGUUCGGGGUCCUCGCCGUGCUCCUUGACGUGGCCUCACUUCUUGACAACCUUAAGCGAUUCAAGGAGGAAACCACGGCGGUGGAAUUGGAAUGAUAGAUUGGCGAGGUGGUGGGCUUGGAGAAAAGGGUCUUUAUAUAGAACGCGAACCCCCAGUUUGCCCUCUUUGGGCCGGUGAAUCGAUCUCAUUGCGGAGGACUUUUCGGCCUCGAUUUUGGCCAAUGGUUCAUCGUAUUUCUUGCCAUGUGGCGACAAGAUGUUCACUGCAAUUCUUUGGGGCGAAAAAAUAUACCUGUCGACGGCCUACACCGCUGACAAACCCCAUCUGUAUACAUAUCGUGAGAGUAUUCGAGCACCACUAACCUCGCUUUCGGGGGCGCUCAGCCACACCUGUGCGGCUGCAGCCCAAUUAACCGACUCA